AAUCCUGCAGAAAAUUAUCCAACAGUAAUCUUUUAACCAAUACUCUAAAAAAACGAGAGGAAAAAACCAAAAUACAGUAUAGGUAUAGUAUUUAGAAAUAUUUAGAAUAAUUACACGCGUCAAUAAUCGUAAAAAGAUCUUUGAGACUUUCUUAAGAAAGAUGUUUCUAGCUUCGAAACUGAUUUCCUUGAAAGCUCGAAAUGAAAGAAAAAUGAUUUAUUUUACUCUUCUAUUUCCUUGAGAGAAACGUCCGUGAAAAGUGUAUACCGUCCCCUCCACCCCUUUCACGCAAAUCUCCGUUUUAGAAAAAUAAAAUACCUCUGUCCGCCCAUAUUGCGUAAGUCUCACGACGAUUGUGCGUCUUAGUUAGGUGGACAUUCUCGAGACGCGUGAAAUUCUCGUGCAUUCACGCGGGACGAGGCAUCGGCAAUAUUUCAUAAUUAGUUGCAAUUCAAUUUGUACAGUGACGAUAUGCGUGCGCGUAUGUACGUGGAAAUGCACGCGUGCAAAUGGGCAUAAAUAUAGCCACAGCCGCACAACCAGGAACAAGAGAAACAGGUUCCAGCCACGGUACCGUAGAUCCUUAAGGCAUCACGGAGAGAAUGGUAAACCAGCUGCGCCCGCUGCUCGGGAUUUCACUGUAAAUGUCAACCCGAGGCACGCGAAACGUCCCCUCCGAUUUAAAGGAAAGUCGCUCCGCGAGCCGAGCCGUAUAAUAAAGUCGUUGCGCGAAGACGCGAAGGGAUGAAAGACGCGAAGAGGGUGUUUCAUUCAACGACCGACUCUCGCGCUCGCGCCUCCGGACGAGGUGCUCAAUUCACCCUCGCAUGAAAACAUCGGCGAGAAGUGUUAACGCUCCUCGUUAAAAACUUUCGUGGCACGGGCCGCUUAUAUCAUUGCAAAAAGAAGUCAAUGGCUCACAUUAAAUUGACGGAAUAAGAAAUGGACGAACGGGACGACGGUAUCGUUGAUUUUUUGCCGAUCUACUCGUUCAGGCGUUCAGGGUAUUAUGCGGCAGGAAGCCUCCGAGCGGAUAGAGAUAGUCGGAUAUUCGUCAUCAGGAGAGAAUAAUCGACGCGGCAGCGGGGAGAUCCUCGUUGUCCCGAACUUUCCAAACUUUCCUAACGCGACGACGACGGCCCGUUUUUUUUUUUUCUUUUUAAUUUCGAAAGGCGAAAAAGAUAUUGUUAUACGCGUAUCGCGGAGCGGCGGCGGCGUAGCCCCGUUACGCUUAAACAGAGAUACUUGCCGGGCACAUUAGAAAGUUGCGGACUUUAUGAAAGUAUACAUGAGCCCGAGCAUCACGUUAAUUAACCCGCUACUCAGCGAGCGCGAAGUGGUCUAACGUCCACGAGGAUGCUAAACGCGCCGCCCUCGCUGCCGAAGAUCUGUCUAAUUAUUUUACAGCGAUGUGAAAAUUGCCAGAUCAUCGCGAGAUAAUUUCGCGCCGUUCGCCGUGCUUCCUGUUAGCGAAGCCUGAAAUCCAUCGCGUCCUUAAAGCAUCAAAGUUAUUCUCGGUAUCACAAUAGUCUAUUACGUGUCUUUCGACCUACAUUAGACCUAAAUUAAAAGGUAGAUAUUAAUUAAAUCCGCAUCCCAGCAAACUGAUCAAUAAACAAUCAGCUCGAUGGCAACAUAUUUGGCGCAAUUAACGAUUAUUUUGUAAGAAGCGCAAAGACGAGUUCCUCGUAUUCUCUUUUGACGUGCAAGAAUUACAUUGUCCUCGCUCUGGCACGUUUUAUAUUUCGACAUAGAGAGCCGGGACAGAUAAUUAUCUAGAUAAAUGAUCCAGAUAAAUCUUUGGGGCUCGAUAAAAGUCUCACGCCUCGACGCGGCGGCGGCGUCUUUCGCGACGAGGCGUCUUGUUACCACGGGCGCGCGCACUUAGGUGUUUUCGGCCAUAUUCGGCGAUGCCGUUCGGGCAUCUUUACGACCCAGGGCCAGGACCCGUCGGUAAUCCACCGGCCGCUCUCCCCGUCCCUCUUCCUCUCGAAACGUAAUCGUUUUUGCAGCCGGUCCGGUUCUCGGCGUCACCGACCUACCGGAACGCGUCGCCGGACUCGACCGGGGUACCCACAGGUAUAUACGAAAAGACGAAACGCACACGCGGAAAUUCCACGGUCAUUUUCGCCGGUACCCCUCGUUCCUCUGCGUCUACUCUCGGCGCGGGUAGCCCUCAAUGGUAGCCCAAGGACGCAAAGAAGUAUUAGCAUCCAAGAUCCACGCGAAUCCGAAUGAAUCGCCUGGAGGUUCUUUUUUUUCUCUUACUCGCGCAUCCCGUCAGAGAAAUGAGAAUGGAAAGAAAGAAGUGAGAGAACGUCCGUGGUUGCUUCGAGGUUGCCUUACCGUCGUAAAGUACAAGCCUCCUCUCUUGGACGAAACACUGUAUCGAGAUAUUACGCGCGGCACGUCGUUACGGAUGCUGGGGCGAACCGCGCGCGCGCGAGGAUUGAAAAAGAGCUAAGCCUCUUCACCGUAGCAACGGUCGAAAGUGGAAAAUCAUGCUACUAAAUUUAGAUUAAAAGUCGACGCGUGGACGUCGCGGAAAAUACUCGCCGCUGAAGCAAGGACACCCGCGGAGAGGCGCGUCGUUCGUAACAAUCUUAGCCGAUUCUUAUGCGCGCAAAUCCGAAGCGGAUCGCGGAGCGAAUUCGCCGGGACGGCGCGGCAAGUGCAGCUAUUUCUCGCGGGAAUUUAUCGUGAGGGAUCCCUGCGAGCGGGUCUUAAACCGGGUGACUCCUCUCGCAGGACAACGUAUCGAAAGAAAAAUCCAAAAAUAUCCCCGGGGCCCCGUUCGCGAUCCCAUGCGAAGGAGAGAAAGAGAGAGAGAAAAGGAAGAAGGAGAGAAAGAUCGAGAGAUGGCCCCUACUCCACUCGCGGAGAGCAAAACCCCACCACGAAUGGCAAACGCACGGCGCGGAGACGGGGAAGAGCGACGACGGGGAGGGGAGGAAGGGAGGGGGGAAUGCGGCGAGGAGAGCGGCCACAGGACGAGAGCGAGAGAGGAGGACGCGAGGGAGAGAUGGUGAGAAACGGAGAGGAGAGACCGGCGCGGUGCUUCGCGUUUUCGGAGCAGUCAGCGGCGGUGGCGGUGGCGACGACGGCGGCGGUGAUGCCAGUUUCUCGUAGCUGCUCGUGCGGCGGCAGCCUGCGGCGGCAUCGUGCCCGCCGUCCGUAUCUCUCCCCUUCAGUAUGAAGCCGACGACCGUGCCAGCUGCAGCGGCUGCACCUGCCGCACCGUCCUCGACUACGCGCGACACUCAUCGCGUACUCCGCCGCGCCUGCGACGCCGCGCGUCUCCGCUUCUCCUCCUGAUCGAGUGGACGAGAGACGACCCUCCCCUUUCCUCCCCGCUCGUCUUGGAAUUCCGUCCCGUCGAGAGAAUCCCGUCGGGAUCCUCUCUCUCUCUUUCUCUCUUUCUCCGCGCAAGCGAAUCGAUCGCCUUCCGCCCGGCCGGAAGGGGGAUCGCGCGAUCGCGAUUCCUUUCUUCCUUCUCUCCCUCUCGUUCGCUCCCUUCGCCGACGAGGUCCCGAGCGCCAAGGAGAUUCAGUUUGGGCCGCGUGCUCGUGCACGUGCCGCACCUAGGUCGACAGAGAUAAUCGCACGUGCACCGAGUCUCGUUCGUCGCGCGAACAAGUGGGAAGAACUGUGAACACCGCGAGGGCGCACCGGCUCUCCCUUCGGACUAAAAAGUGAAAAGCUCGCCCUUCGUCCUCCUCGCUCCUUCGUCGCCGCAAUUGAUGUCGCACUCCCGCUGAUAACCUUGGUGGUUUCCAUUAGGCGGACUUCGCGGGACAGCGCGACGAUCAUUCGUCGCGGCAGCGAGUUUUCAUGAUGCCACCGCCCUGUCAUCGUUAAGUGGUGGACCCUCGCAAUGGCCUCGCUCUUAGGAGAGGGAACGGGCCCUGGUGGCCCCGGGCCUUCCCGAUGCCUCUUGCUCCUGCAGAGGUCCCUGGCGAUUCAGUUGAUCCGAGGUGCACCUCCCCACGUUACAAAUGCCGGUCAACGGGAAAGUCCAAAGGAACAUCCAGCCGAUGAGAUGUGGAUGUACGACAAGGGCUACAAUCUGUUUCAGAGUUUCUUGGAAGCGAAUUCCAAAUGCUGGUGGAACGCGGCCCUGGUAGACGCGACCCGACAGCUAAGGUACAAAGGCCACGUGUCGCCGGGUGUGCUGAUGGUUGGCGGACCGCCCUGCGCCCUCGAGGUCUUGAGGGCGGCAUGGGCGCGAAACGUUCUACGACCACCCGCGGACCACUCGAUCACCUGCCUCGGUGAUAUAGAGGACUGUCUAGUGGCACCAGUUUCCCAAGGUCAGUUCACGCCGCUGCCAGAGGCCUUAUGUUGGGCCAUUCUGGAGCUCACCUCCCAGAGGCAGGCGGCGACCUUGGACACCCUCAGAUCAGCCCUGAGAAAUGCCUUCCCGGCCAUGCAGAGGCCCAGUCGAGAGCUCGUUUACGACGCGCUCGCCAAGCUCAUGCAAGAACGAAAGAUCUAUCACACGUCCCAGGGCUACUUCGUCGUAACGCCCGAGACCAAGAGGCUUAGACGCGACUCCGGUAGCUCCAGGCGGUGUUCCAGGGACGUGAACGGGUCCAGAGGUCAGGGUAGCAUGCUGAUGAGCAACGACGAGGCGGUGGCACUCGUACACGGCGAGAUGCUCACUCUGCGCGACGGCGAUGUCACGCAUCAGGCUGUACAGACGAACCUGGCGGAUGUUAUUUGCGGAGGAAAUCCAAACGAUAAAGUCCUGUUUGCCAGGUGUCGAUCGAUGCCCGGCCGUCUCGAGAGGCGACACUCUCUGCGGCUUUGGGGUUCGGCCAGACGUUUACACAGAAGCGGAAGUUCACGGUCCCUACCGCGAAGACCCGAUAGAAGUGACACGUCUUCCAGCGCGGAAUACGCGAGUACGGACAGCGCGCCUCACAGUCCAACCAGCUUUUCUGGGAUUUUUUCAGAGAAGAUAGGCCUGCUCUCCAGGCUCUUUCGGCGGAGCACAAGGAGGAAGGGCGCACCAUUAAUGGGCACUUUCAGUGCUCAGUAUCCCCCCACCGAGUGGUUUAAUCCGCGCGUGGUGCAUUUGCAUAGCGUUGCCACGCAAACAAGGGCCGCCAGCCCUUCGAUGAUGGAGGGUCUAGACCAGUCGCAGGCCAGUUUUCAAGUGUGGGACGACUCGAGCUCUGUACGAUCGGCCACUUUACCAAGGCGACAUCGGCGCCAAGCCAGCGGUGACUCCUCGAGCUUGUUGGCUAAUUCAACGCCAAGAAGCUCCCGAAGGCAUCGAUCACCGUGCUCCACUCUACCGAGAUCUAAAUGCUCUAGCCUAAGCAGAUGCACGUCUAGAGCGUCUGUUCUACCGCCCAGCACUACCAAUCAGGAAGGAUAUCCAGCGCGUAACCAGACGCAGAACGAUAAAAACUCGACGAAUUCGUCGCCCAGCAGAAGUGGCGGCAGCUCUGGUUCGGUUAGAACGAUGAACGCGAGUCCGGCUAAAACGACCACGUUGGGUAGAACUAACACCAGGCAGUCCAACUCUAGACGACCGAGUCACGACUUCAGCAACGGCGGCACUAAGUCGGUCAACGGUUCUCCGCAGCAUAAGGUGCUGCAAAAAACUUCGUCAGGACAUUCGUCUCAUUCUAGCGGCAAAUCAGUUUCCAGCACGAAAUUGACUUGUUCGCCAUUGAAAACUGCUACGCUGUCAACGAAAUCGUCACCGCUCAAAGUCGUUCAGCAAGGUUCGCUGACUCCUCUGCAAGAGGCGCAGAACUCGAUAACCCUUCAGGUGUCCACCAAUCUAAGUCCGUCGUCGCAAGAGCAACGGACGAUACAGAAUAGCGUGACACUGGCUUCCAACACGACUAGCACGACAACCAUUUCCGGCUCGCCCGGCACGAAGAUCUACGUUCACCAGAACAACUCACCGAUGAGGUCCGUAAUCACUUUCGAGAACGGCACGGUGAAGACGAAGAUUGCCGAGAAGGAAGUCAUCGAUUGUAAGGAGAAGCAAGAAAGGGAGCUGGUAACCGAGAAGGCUUACAAGACCCGGGUGGACGACGAAAAGCUUUUUAAAUCAAAACUGGACGACGAGAAGUUGAACAAGCCGGUCAAAGCUGAGCGUCCAUCAUCGCUCUACACGCCAAAGGAACCAAAAACGGGUCUUUUACUGUCGGAAUCCGACAAAGAGAACAAACCGAAGGUAGAAGACGAAGUGCCUAACAAACUGAAGCUAACGAACCGCCUGAACAACAGUCAGGCCCAUCUGAUCGACGGCUCAACCAACAACAUCGACAAGAAUGCUCUGGUGCAGGAGGCUACCGCUUUGUCCGCCACAAAGAAUACCAACGACGCGAUGAACAACUCGCGUAAGCUUAGUCUGUCGCUGUCGAAGGAUGCGCUGAGUUACCGCAAUCUACUUCAUCCUGGUUCGAAGAAUAACAUCGCUUCGAAUCCGCCGUCGCCCACCAAGUCAUACGACGGCUUCGGCGGUUCCUUCAACGAUGUCUACAUUGAGAAUCUUGAGACAGUGAAGCAGCAGCGAGCACCUCAGGGCUCCGAGCCCAAUCUAGAGAAGACCGUGAGCCGAGGUUCGGAUCUACACUCUUAUCCCAGUCUCAGCGACAUGCAGGUGCAGUUUACCAGCCUAGCGGCACAGAAGAUCCUCAAGGGCUGCCCGAUUAACAGCGUGGAUACCUUGGUGGAGGUGAACAUGGCGGCUGCCGAUAAACCGAACAACUGCGACGUCACUGUUCACACAGAUUUCGGCCUCGUUUGAAUUUCAUCUCCCCUCCCCUCUGAACAUCCGUUAAUAUAUCGUACCACGAGGGUGGAACAAGGAACUGUUGAUCCUUGCCCAUCCAAGCAUAUUGCGUCCAUGAAAAAUGUGCCUCGAGGCGAGCAGAAGAAAAAAACUAACGCCUUAAUUCUCAUACACGAGGAUAGAGAGCUAAUUUUUUAAUAUUUUUGUUUGUUAAUGAAAAGGCCACGGCUUGCGUAAGAAUAUUAUACCCGGAACACGCGUAACAGUUACCAGUGAUCUGUUGUUUAUACGUACACAUCUCUCCUCUUUUAACGGGCAUCCGUUCUCGAACAAUCGCUGUGCCAAUUUUUAAUAUUAUCCAUACUAUUAUCUAAAUAAUAAAUAUAAUCAAAUUUUUAAUCUUGCUUAUCAACUCCGCUUGCUUUAAUAAGCAAAAUCUAUUUUUUUUUAAUGUUAUCCUGGAAUAAUUUUUCCGUCAGGUUUUUUUAUACAUUAAAAUUCAAAUUGAAUUAUUAUGUAAAUAUAAAUCGUGUAAUCAAGUGACAGAUGAACGAAACGUACCUUCGUGUUUUAAAAUGAAAAAAAUAUUGAAACUGUAAAUUCUUUUCAUUGUCAAAGGAAGUCAUAACCACAUCCUAUAUUCUCAAAAAUACAGGCCCCGCAUUUGGCACACAACUUGAGUCAACUCUUCAAACUUCGAGACAUAAGUACAUACAUAGAUUCAAGAGACGUGCGCGCAUCGCAACGUUGUAACGUCGACAGUUUUGCGUCGCUUUACUCGAGUUAAAGCGAAUUGUCAAAGCGACAUGUCAUGUACAACGAUCACGCGCAAUAAAAUUUAAAAAAAAAGAAAAAUUUUUGUUCCGGAUCAAAGCACUGCCAUUUUUUUACGCGCAUUUAUAUCUUGAAUAUUUUUCGUAUUAAUAUUUACACCGUCACGGCGCGAUAAGAUCUGUCUGACCUUUGUAGCAAAGUAAGACUAUUAUAAAUGGUACAGCGAAGUUUUGUAACGCGAUGUACAGGCAGGGAGAUCCUUGUAAAAUUUUUUUCGAAAAUAUCGCAACAAAGUGAAAAACAAUGUCUUUAUCGCGCGUUAUUAAGCGCGAGCAAUUGAUAAAUUAAUAGCAAUACCGUCCUCAGGAAGUCUAGAUAACAUAACGUGAAAAAGAUCGAGGAUGAUUAUGAGGAUUGCGAUUUUCACACCGUACACAGCGGAGGUUUGAUAUAAAAAAAUAUAUAUAUGUUAUACAUAGUGUAGAAGAAAAGCGUUUUCUUGGAGCGCGGCCGGUACCAUUCGCAAUUAGUGCAAUCGUAAAUCUGCAAGUGCCAAAACUUUUAUCGUAGUACUUAAUAACAAUCGCCUUAACGAUUCCGCUCGCACGGCGAUUUUGCGGCGCGUUCACCGCGGCGACGUCGGUGAUGAUUUCAGUAAGCACAAGUAACGCGCGAGAAGAAAGGAAGAAACUAAUGCUAAUUCGCGAAGCCGUAGUCUUAAAAAAGAAAAAAAGAUAGGCAACUAAGCGAGUACGGCACAAAAGAGGAGGAAAGAGACCCGCUUUGUACAUUUUAUACUCUGUAUCGCAGAUUAACCGAUCGAUGAUGCGGAUUCGCGAUCGCCGUUCGCUCUACGUUUCAAAAACGCCGACUUUUCGCUUAUAUCGUAUACCUUCUGUUAAAUUAUCUUUAUUAUCAUUGAUUACAUAAUUACAAAAUAUACAUAUAUCAAUUUUGCUAUAAUUAUAAAUCAAAUUAGCAAAUUAUUACUAUUACAAGUUAUGGCAAUUCGUUAUGAUGUUGUAAGUAUGGCUUAUAAAAAUUUUUAUUAUUAUCAACUUUUUAAAAUAAUGAUUUAAUAUGACUUAAAAUAUAUAUAAAACAAACUUUUUAGCAUUGAUUUUGAUAUGAACAAGCAAGGAAAGUAUGAAACUAUUAUCACUCAAAAGAAUGAUCUUGCAAUUUCAACAAAAAUUAGAUGUGUCCAAAAAUUAGCUGAGGUCGAUAAAUGAUUAGCAAAUACUAUGAUAUGUACAUAUAUGUAUUGUACUUAAUCAAUGUAACUGACAAAAGUAGAAUUUACAAAUUCUAUAUGUGAUAGCAAAAAUUCUAGCAGAUACAAAAAUUAACGGUCUUGAUUGUGACACCAAGAAAUCUAUCUAUCUAUAUCAGCAAAAUUUUUUUUUAUGAUUAUAAUCAAAAUUGUACAACAACAAAAAUCCGGCUGAGAAUUUUGAAGUAUUAACUGACAUAUUUUAAGAAUGAUCAAAGUUUGAGUAACUUAAUAAUUAAUGAUUAAAGAAUAUUUAUUUGUUAACAUGAAUUUAAAUAGUAACUUUUUAAUAAAUUACUAAUGUGUACUUGAAGAAAAGAUUAAAUAUAAAUUGUGCGACUACAUAAUUUUACUUCUAUUAAUCGAACACAACUCCAAUUAAGCUAAUCAAAAAUUGAAUAUUGAAAUCACCUUUGAGAUGAGAUUUAUUUGUAUUUUCUUUGGGAAAAGUCGGCGUCUGCGAACGGUGAAAAUGUUUUUCGAAUCCGCGUCUCUUAUUUCUUAUCAAAACUAACUUGUAGAGUAUCAUUGUAUAAUCUUACGUAUCAUAUUGUAACAACGAAAGUAUAUGAGUAAUAAAAGAGUUGAAAAGGCGCAAAUGUCAUGUAUUAUUGCGUUAUUAGUGUGUGUAAACUUACCGCAUUAAAAAUUGUCCAACCGCGUCUGGUGUCACGAAAAAGAACAGAAAUUUCUCAGGAGAGUCAACUUGCCACAUUCUGAAAACCAAUAAAAUAAUUACUAAUUAUAUUAUUACACGUUUAAACGCCAAAACUCUGAUUAAAACAAUAUCAAAACACAAAACUGUAGAAGCACAGAACUAUACGAAUUAAAUGUAAAUUUUACUUACCAAUCGGUCGUCGCAACGAUGUCCAUCCCCAGGGCCAAUCCGUCUCGAGAUAAUUGAUUCUGCAAAUGAAAAGAGAACAUUGUCAAUUAUGAUAUUAAAGUAAAGAGAGAUACUUUUCUCGCGUAAUCGACUUUCGCACGGAUAUACGAAUGUUUCGGUUAAAUCGGACGUUACGGUUGCAUACGACUGCUCUACGCAUCGCGAUCUACGUACAAAUGAGGAAUAUACUUCGGACAAUGCAAGAUUAAUUACCGAUGAAGCGAUUAUUUGCGAUGCGAUGCCACUCGAUCAAGACCUGACCCGUCCGUUACGUUUCGGAAAGAAAUAGGCGAAACACUUUUUUGGCCGUUUAAAUAUUCCAAUAUGGCAAUAAUGUAAACAUUACUUAUUGCCAAUUACACGUCGCGGAGCCGAUACGCCUCGGGAUUACUAUUGAUUGUCACGGAUUCCGCGAAUGAAGUGAAGAUGGAACACUAUUAAAAUGACCAACGGGGUACCUUUUCCGCGCGAUCGACUUUUGCACGGAAUUAUUGUUGCACAUUACGAUCGCGCGAUCGCUCCACAAGUCGCGAUUUACGCUACGAGGAAUACGCGUUCGAACGAAAUACAGUACAAGGUAAAUAUGCGUCAUAGUUACCUAUUAGAUGAUCUGCGAAGAAGACUUGAUCGGGAGCUGAUGUGUCCCGCGUCUCGUUCCGUUCCGGAAAGAAAGUGAACCCAGCGUCCCGUUCCGUUCCGGAAGGCAUGUGAACCCCUAUAAUAGAGAACUCUGUUAAGUUGGCUCGAGUCAGAGAUGAUCAUCUCUAGCGCUAACUUCACACAUCAAGAUGAAUGCCUCUGCGAUAUAUGCUAUUUUGAAUUUUGUGUUUUUUGCACUAAUACGACUAAUUAUUAUUAAUUCAUGUUUAAAUCAUGUUUCACAAAUUCUAAUUAUUUUUAUAUAAAAAUAGAAAGUAUGUGUAAAUUAAAAUGAGUCAAAUCGAUCUCCCACAUCGAUCGAUAAUUGAUUCGAUAUAUUUUAUGAAAACGAUAUUAUAAAAUAUUAUAUUAUUAGAUAAAUUAUUUUAUCUAUGCAUUAAAUUUAUAUAGAAUAACUAUUGUUUUUUUUAUAAAAAUGUAUUUUUUUAUUUACAAUAUUUUUUUGCAGUCGUUUUUGAGACAUUAAAUCUGUCGCGACGCCAUCUGGUAUCUCGAGAGUUCGGUGAUUAAACAUUAACCUGUAACAACCUGUUUGUUGAGGUCUGUUUUGAUUUUACUUGAAAAGAAAUAGUGGGAUAUAACAGGUUUAAUUAAUUAAGAAAGAAUGGGGUGCGGCGACGACGAAACGUAUAAUAUCCCAUUUAAAAAGAAGAAGAAGACGAACUUCUUGGAUGACAAUGACAGCGAGGGAGAGAAAAUGUUCAAGGAGAAGGUUGAGGAAACAAAGAUUAUCCAGAAACUCCGCGAGAGACCAGCUGGUGUCGAUAUUGUUGGUUUGGUGCUUGGAGAAAGCGUUGUAUCUGAUUCAUUGACAAAACUGGAGCAAAAUAUAGCUGCACUGAAAAAAUGCUGAAGAAUACAAAAUAUAAGCCGAACGACACAUAUGACACCAGCAUUAGAACACAAUUUAACAUCAAGACCAAUAAACGCAACGAAGCAAUGGUCGAGUAUAUAGAAGAAGAAUUGUCGAAGCGCAAGAGUAAAGAGUAUAAUAACAAUGCAGCGAAUAAUACAAAUAUUGAUAAGAGAUCAUAUUGCUUGCCAGAAAAAGCAGGAUUGCGCGCAUUACUGGAUGCAAGUUAAACAAGAAAAUUUGAAUUGAUGUAUGUGUGUGUGUACAAGGUAUUCAGCAAUAGGUGAAAGAACAUUUAAAGAGUGAAAUUUAAAGAGUUCUGCCAAACAUCCUGUACAUGCAGUUUUUGCACAAUUAUGCAUUAUGUGUUUUGCUUUUUAUUAACAAUUGCAGUACUUUUGUAUAGUCUAUAAAAAGUAAUUCAAUAAGAUAUUUAAAUAUAUUAUCUUUGAAUAUAUCUAAGAAAAGAUUUUUUUAUCUAAACUAUAAAUUGCAUAAUAUUUACUUAUGCAAAAAUAUAAGUAGUCCAGUACUUAGAAUCUUCAAGCAUAAUAUACCAUAUCUGUUGGCAGGUAUAUUACAAAAUAAUAAAAAAUUUGAUUUCCAAUAGCUUAAGCAACAAAAAUGAUCUUAUUUUACUGUUUUAAAUAAAUAAUUUUUAAACGAAUAAGUGGAUUUAAAAAAACGUUUACACGAGUAUUUAUUAGAAUUUUAUUAAUGUAGUAAAAAAUUUUAUUGAAAGAGUUUCAUAUGUACGACUCUAUAUAGUCUAUAUAGACACGAAUUUGUUAAAUUAUUAUUUUAUUCAUAUACAAGAAAUAUGAAUAAAUGAAUCACUUUUCUUCUUUGUAUAAAUAGAUUUAACAAACUUCUAUAAGUUUUGCAAUAUGCAAGCUGUGUAUAAUAAAUAUAUCUAUAUAUAUAUAUGCUACAAUAUAAUAUUUUAAUAAAA